AUGAGGAUAAAACAGGUACAGAAAGAGAAGCCACUCAAUCUUCCUGCAGGGACAGAGGGCAAAAAUGAACGAGCACCCCAUGCUGUUAGAAUCAGGAGCAUCGGUGCCCUUGGAGGCCAGGAGAGAGUGUCCAUCCCCAGUCCUGAUGUUACAGGUGGUUACAUCACCAUUGCCUACAAAGUGCUGGAAGUUUACCCUCAAAGCCGCCGGGUGCUUAUAACCUGCGACAGCCCUGAGGCACCGCGGCCCAUCACUUACUCUCUCAUGGCUAGCCGAGGGGUCCUUGUGGCAACAAGGGUUGUGCGCGACGACAAGCCAGCCUCCUUCAACAUCAACAUCACGCUCAAGUCCAGCCCAGACCUGCUCACCUACUCCUGCCAAGCAUCCUCUAAUCUGGGCACCUAUGGGCCCAGCAGCCAGCUGCAGAUGUACUGGGAGCUGUGGACCAAGCCAGUGUCCCAGCUGCAGGCUGACUUCGCCCUGCACAAUGGGAACUCAGGCCUCUCGGCGGAGCUGUCCUGCCUGGCAUCCUCAGGCAGUCCACCCAUCAUCUACCGCUUGGUCGGGAGUGACGGGCGUGUACACGCACAGCAGAGACCCCUCCAUGGGAAGCCUGCCAACUUCUCCAUCCCCCUGUCCCAGACGUUUGGUUGGUUCCGUUGCGAAGCUGCAAAUGGUGUCAGUGUGGAGAGCAGUGCCCGCGUGCUGCUGCCCCCAGCAGUAGCCCAACCCACACUCCUUCCCACCCCAGGGGAGCUGCCCCUGACACCCACCUGCAUUCUGGCCGGCAGCCUGGUCUCCAUUGCAGCCAUUAGUUACGGGAUGCUGAGGUCAACCAGGUACCACAGAUCUCUGAGCACCAACUACUGGCCUUUGGGUGGUGGUCAAUUCUGUCUCCUUAAACAUCUCAGCUUGGCCCCUGUUGGAGCUCCUUGUUCCUCUUCCCAAGACUAUGCAGAGGUUGUGACCGGAAGACAGAGUCCCCAGGCUUGCCUUCCUGCCCUACACAAGAAUUCACCACUGCAGCAAAAAAGAGCCUGGGGAGAGGGGACAGAAAGGGGAGUGUGUGAAGAUCAGACUACCAAAAGUAGUGCACCCCCAAAAGGGGCCCUGAAGUCUAGAGCAUUAUCGUGUAUAAGGCCCAAAGAAAUAAACUUGUGUAGGGGAUUCCUGCUGUGCGAGUGGCUGUUGGCAGCUCUUGCUAGGCGAACAAUACGAGAACUGAGUGGGUGUGCUUGCUCGCGGGUGCACUGCAGCCCAGCUCCUCCCCACUGA